AUGCUCGCCACGUCGUCGGGACUGGUGGUGCGGUCGUUGCAGCGCGACUGGUUUGACAUUAAAGCAACGAACGAGCAGUUGAGCACACUGCCGCUUCGUUUCCGCUUUGUCAGUCGCACUGCGGCAACCGGCACUGUUGUCCACUAUGGAGACAAUGUUGCAAUUGAAGAGGUCAUUGUCACUGGCCAACUGAGUCCGUCCGACCAAGCAGCCUUGCUGCAACGAACGCGUUUCCAGCGGAUGGAGCCGCACUAUCUCACCAUCAACAGCGGCAAUGGGUUGGUUCCCAUCAGCCAGAAUAUGACUGUGCGCUCUCGUAUGCUGACAGAGAUUGGCGAUCUGGAAUGGACUGUUCACCUGUCUCGCAAUCCGACCAGCACGAGCCUCUCGUCCGUCACUCCGCUGUUGUCGUACAGCCGGCAAGGAGACGAUGUGCUGAGCCGCACGUUGCUGUUUUCUGCGACAGUUGACCUGCUCGAGAGUGCCGGCAUUGACGACUUGAACACGUUGCAGGCUCGCUUGACGUUUAACGAUCCCGUCACUCGCGACUCGCCAAUCGCCCAAUACCCAGGCCGCGACCGCCUCUCCACGAUCACCGAUGACGCCUUCCUGACCCGGCUCGAUUUUGUCGUGCAGCUUCUGCGUCCGACCACUGCCGGGCUUGCCUUACAUCUGGCUUCCAGCUCGGACGCAAUCCUGACGUCCGGAAAUGCAGGCAUUGCGCGAGAGGUGAAGAUUUCCUCGGUGCGUAUUUCAACCCGCGGUCGUUCCAGUACUGCCUACCAGUUUGUUAUCAAGCUCGCCGAGCCAGCCCAUGAUGGCGACGUGCUGAGCGUUUCUCUCAGUUCUCCAGAGCUGGUCAAGUCCACCAGCCAGGGUGUGUCUGUGGCUCCCGCUGACAACCAAGCCCUGUCCGAGCUUGUGCUUCCAGUUCGCUUCCAGCUGAGCAACAACUCGAGCAUUGUGUUCCAUUCCACUUCAAGCAACGGUGCCGAGACGACCGUGCCACUGACGUUUUCGACGGGUGUUGUGAAUGCCGAGCGUGACUUCCCCUCGGUCUCUGACUUUGUCGUGACGGACAGUUCUUCGCCGGCGCGUCUUUUGACGAUUGUUUCGGCGCAGUGCCAGGUUAUGAAUGGGACUGGAAACGCGCUGGUGUUGGACUCUGUUCGGCACGAGGCAGACGUUCAAUCGGGAUGCGUGCAUGUCCUUGUCGGAGUUGCGACCAGCGAUCGCAUGCACCUCACCUUGCCCUUGUACAUUGACGUCGUUCAGGCGCGUAUCCGUGCGGCCCAACGUGUCGAAUAUGCCGAGCGGCGCCGUGUGGCGUUUUAUGAUGAAUGA